AGAUACAGUACGUAUGAUGGUACUGGUACUCAUUGUGCUUUUCUUCCCUAAUAUCCCGCCAAUCCAAACAAACUCCGCAUUGGGCUUGGCACGGAUCUGCAAGUAACACAACCAAUCCCAUCCCAGGCCACCAGAGCUUACAAAGCUACACGGCCAUGGCUUUCAAAGUACAGAAUUUGGAUUUGCUGGCCUCACGAGUCGCGAGCCACGUUUUGAGAUACAACGUGGCGCAAGCCGCGGCCAAAAGGAUCCCCCUAGCAUCCGCUUCCGCGUCCGCAUCCACCUCUCAACCUCCCCCUCCGAGGCAUGAGCUGAUCCUGUACGACUUUGAGGGAUCCCCCUGGUGCCGAUUGGUUCGAGAAUAUGCUACGAUACUGGAUCUCACCCUUCACAUCCGACCGUGUCCGAGGGAAACCCUGCUGUUCGGAGAGGGAGCCUUUAGCGCGAAAUCGAGGUUCCGGCCGGAAGCCAUGGAAUGGUUCAAGAGCAGAUGCUACCGCUGCAGCCGGGAAACGGACUUGUGUAGCGCGAACAGCGAGGCGAUCAUACAGUCAACAAUAGAAGAAGACGAAGAAGAGGAAGUCGACAACAGGGACAAUUUGACGUUUCCUUUGUUGGUGGAUCGAACCAACGCAAAGAUUUCUACCGAAGAGAACAGCAAAUUCAGUGACCACGGCGUGGUAGUGCUGACCGAGAGCUAUGACAUCUUGUGCCAUCUCUGGAAGCACUACGGGGCAUCCGUAGUGCAAUCCGAACCAUGCGGGGGCGGAAGCGGAAAUUCCAGGCGUCGGCCGGACCAAACCGUGAAUUCCUCCUCGGUGCCGUUUCCGAUCCGUUUUCUGUCCCUGGCCGGGCCUUCCUACCUGAGACCGUGGCCGAGGUGCGGGCUCAUGCGAUUUCCCUGCUCGCGUUCAUCCACCGCGGCGGUCCCGCUCUCGUCUCCCGAAGAACCCGGGGGACGACCGCAGCAGCCCGCACUCACCCUGUACCAGGCGGAGGGCUGCCCGGAAUCGAGGCUGGUCCGGGAAGUCCUCUGUAGCUUGGAGAUUCCAUACCGUUCCGUCCCGGUGGCGGACGGCUCGUCCAACCGCUUGCCGAAUGCCUCGGAUUCGAGGAACCACGGGGCGACCGAUGAUGCUAGAGAUGGCGGCAAAUCGCUUCGGAUCCCCCUGCUGGAGAUUGCUCCACCGAAUGAUUCUGUUAUUGCCGCUACACCAGAGACGGCCGGUACCAGCAGCAGCAUUGGCGUCAUUUAUCGUGUCGGUGCCCGGGAAUGUGUUGACUACCUCCGCGACAACUUUUACCGCCGGAGCGGCGCACCCAAACACCACGACGACCACGGCAGGGAUGGAGACACCCCGACCUGGUUGGAUCCGUUGCCGGAAGAAAACCUCGGCCGCGGGUCCGAUGGCGAUGGGAGCAACUCGCUGGCGAUCGGAGCCUAUACCGCAUUUUUGAAAGGAAGCAGGGCCUUUGUUCCGGCCCGGGCCAUGAAAUGACAAGAGAAGAAAACUGCAGUUACUGCGACGGCGAUAGAAACAAUAGAAACAACAAGAACAUAAUAGAUUAUAGAUGACGAA